GUCCUCUAGUUGCUUCACCGAAAAAAAACAGGGAAGUGAGAGAAAAAAAAAACGAAAACGACGUUGUGGCCAAAAAUCGAAAUGUAAACAAUUAGUAAAUUGUGCAGUUCUUUUAUGUGACUAAAUUUGACUCCAUCGUUCUAUCAAUGGGCGCGGGUGGUUGUAAAUUUUGUCAGUUUUCUUCAGGCAGAUCAAGGAACACCAAUUCUUUUGAUGGCCCCAGUUCUAGUCAACACAACAUUAGUACAGGUAGAGGAAGCAUUCUCUCCGAUGGCCGAAUAGAUAGGUAUGUUCCAGGAGUUUUUGGUUCCACGUUUUGUAAAGUCAACAAGAAAACAGUUGACCGAUUAAUUUUACAAGUCUUGGGAAUCAUCGGACACCUCGUCGAAAGUGCACCUGACACCCCCGAAGCGCUUCAAAAGCUGAACGAAAUCGCUGACAAAGAAGAAGGAUGGAUUCAGAUGAUUCAUUCUAUGGUGAACAUCAUCCCGUUGGAUAACCCAUUGGGUCCAGUUGUCAUCACCGUUCUUCUUGAUGACUGCCCUCUUCCUAAUAAGGACACAAUUGUUAAGCUGUCUAGAAUAUUCAGCUUAUCAAGGUAUGGAUCAGUCAAGAAGAAGAAAUCGGUCUGUCAGCAAAGGAAUGUCUGCAUCAUUCUUGGCAUGUUGGCAGAAAAACUAGCUGGUCCAAGCAGUGUUGCUCUCCUCACACCAGGCACGCUGGCUUAUUUAGUCAGUAAUCUGGAAGAAAAUGUAGAACCUAUUUUGACAUUAUUCUCUUUAGUUGCCUUGGAGAAAUUUGCUCAAACUAGUGAAAACAAAUUGUCUAUCAAAAGAUACCUUGAGACUGAGCCUGUUAACCCUAUUCUAAAGCUUGAGCGUUUUGUUGGAUCUCAAGAUUAUGUGGAAGCACAAGUCGGAUUUUGUGCACAAUGGUGCCUAGAUAAUUUGUUUGUUGUAGAGGGCAGGAAACUCUCCUAUGAAAGUAUAGAUUUAACAAAUAUCAAUGCAAUGUUGAACUCGCGGGAUGCAAGCGAAUACUUGAAAAUAUCUCCGGAUGGACUUGAGGCUCGCUGCGAUGCAUACCUGUUUGAAAGUGUCAGAUGCACUUUCCCAAUCCAAACUGGCAUCUGGUACUAUGAGAUCACAGUCCUCAGCUGUGGAGUGAUGCAAAUCGGCUGGGCGACAAAGAAGAGCAAAUUCUUAAGUCACGAAGGCUACGGGAUUGGUGAUGACGGGUUUUCUGUUGCAUACGAUGGGUGUCGGCAGCAGGUCUGGCACAAUGCACACAUUGAACUGCAGCCGAAUGGACCACCGUGGAAGCCAGGCUGCGUUCUUGGCUGUCUUCUUGAUCUCCAGACUCCGAAAGCUGUUUUUUAUCUCAAUGGAAAUGAAGUUGCUACGCACACCAAUGUCUUCAAGUUUGCCAAGACUGGAUUUUUUGCUGCUGCCAGCUUCAUGGCAUUUCAACACUGUCGAUUCAAUUUUGGUCGGAACCCUUUCAAAUAUCCGCCAAAGAACAUUCCUUUUCAAAGCUUUAAUGCUGUUGGUGUGCUGAAUGCUGAAGAAAGAGUUAUUUUACCCAGACAUUUAAAACUUGAAAAGUUAAGAAGAAUGAGUGUAAAAGAAGAUUCCUGUACAUUAUGUUUUGACUUUAAAGCUACUGUCACUCUCAAACCAUGCAAUCAUAGCGGAUUCUGUGAAAAUUGCUCUGUGCAGUUACUAUCGUGUCCUGUAUGCCGAGCAUCAAUUUCAAGUAUGGCUGUUGAUAACCCACCCGAAAUUACCAGAUGAGUGCGUUUGUUCUUCAUGUACCUUAGAAUUCUAGCUUUAACACUUUUUCAUUAUGAAUAACUUGACCGGACGAUACAAUCAAACUGUGUUUCUUAUUAUCCUAGUUUCUUUUCAACCUGCAGCUAGUAUUUGCUUCUUAGUCAAGCAGUAGCAUUUGAAACUCGUAACCUACAAACUUUAUACUUCGUCCAAGUUCAUCAAUCCAAAGAAAUUUUUGAACGAUACAUACCUAGCUUUAAUCAAUUGAGCAAUAGCAGUUUAGAUUGAUAUAGUUUCUUCUCUUGUAAUUAAAGACGUUCACGAGAAUAAUAAAAUAUGUGAUAUUUUUUUUUUAGUUGAGUUAAUCGACUUAUUUUUGCAUUGUAAUUUUUGAGAAAAGGAAAAAAAAUCCUCCAAUUAUUUUUACCAGUGGGUUAAUGCACACAAACUUUAAGACUUUAUUUUCUAUAUGCCUCUAUUUUUUAGUAAUUUUAAGGAAUAUGAAAGUGAACGUUUCAAUUGUAGUCGCUCAGACUGCAAGCGGAAUUUUUGAAGUGCUACUUUUUGGGGCCGAUCAUUUUACUUUCUGUCUUUUAAUCUUGUAAUCUGAGGGGAGAAUAUUUUAUUCUAGAAGCAAAUUUUACCGCCACCAAAAAUUUGAAUCCAAUCCUCUGUGCACAUACUGAUAUCAUUUAAGCAUUAGUUCUCCAUUACUUUGACCUGUCAACUAAUAUUUGACUCUCAAAAGCAGAAAAAUUUACAAUGUGCUUUCAAUAUCAUAUUUUAAAUAUUGCUGUAGCAGUAUUUAUUUAAAUAUUGCUGUAGCAGUAUUUAUUUAAAUAUUGCUGUAGCAGUAUUUAUUUAAAUAUUGCUGUAGCAGUAUUUAUUUAAAUACUGAUGCAGCAGUAGCAGUAUUGGUGUAAAUAUCUCAAUUCCAAAGAUUGAUCAGAUUUCUUUUCGUGAAAGAAAAAAAAAACAAGUUCCAAGCACAGUCGCACUGGUGAAUAAUUUGUUCGGAAUAAAUUAUUUUUACUUGAAAUUUUCAAUUUUCUCUACACCUUAAUUGAUGCUUUAAAUAAACCAUUAUUGAAGCCACUCAGUAUACACUAAAGUACAUGCAAUACAUUGAGUCCAAUUGAGUCAUAACGAUUUCGCAAAGUUCAAGAGAAUAUGUACAAUCACUAAUGAUGAUAUUAGAACCACUGAAAAAUCGAGUUUUCCUCCCAUAGAUUAAUGUGCAAGGGUGUAGCACUCCAAACAGAGCAAGAGCCAAAAAUGCAAAUUUGUCCUUUAAAUCAUAAUGUGUGAGCAGAGUAGACUUCAUUCACAAAUUUGCAGAACCUCAAAAACUUCCUUUCAUCCUGAAUGGGUAGAACACAGAAAAGUAUUCUCCCCUCCACAGUAAUCUCUGCUUCAAAUUAUUAGUUCCUCAGAUGUGCUACAUUUUAUGCAGUCAAGUAAUGAUGAACAGCAAAAAGUUAAAUUAAUAUUUUGUAGUUUCCAUGAGGUCAAUAACAAAAAACUAAAAAACAAUAACAGUGAGGAACCUACAGUUUCAUCCAUAUAAUAAAAUAUUACUUCCCUCUGACUAAAAUAUUCUUAUUCUGACAUGAUAGAUACUGUUAAGGAGUUAGUGAUUUUAGUCUCAGUCCCAAUGAUUUUCUUCCGCACAAAAGGUCUGUCGAUCAGUUUGAGACUCAAAGCUUUGAAAGAAGUUGAGCUUGUUUAAUAAAUAAAUAAAUAAAAAAAUUCAUACUUCUUCCAGUUCAAUAUUUUUAAGGUGCUUUUUAUUAAGUUGUGGAAAAGGUUUAGAAUUACGGUUGACUGAAUCUGUUUGCAUUUGGUUUAUGAAAAUGUCAAGUUUAUUUCUGUUGAAGUAACAGUUGCAAUCCAUUACACUAGAGACAUGCCCUCCACUUUCAUCUCUUUUCCUCAUAAAUAAUCAAAAAUAUCUUUCUCUCCUCCUUUAAAAAUGAUGCAAAA